AUGGAGGGACCCUGGGUAGGCAAUUGGAGGCCUCAUACCCGACGGGGCCCAAUCCUUGCAGAGUUUGCUACCCCAGGUCCCAAGUACUGGAUUCCUGGGACAACAGGUCAUGCGGCUCAUGAUCCUACCAAGUACAGAGCCCCUGCAUACUCAUUUCGAGGGACCAAAUGUCCCGCCGAAUACAGCUGCUCACCAGGUCCUCGGUACUACAUCCAUCCAUCCAUCAGCAAGACUGGGAAGCAUGAAGCUCCAUCAGCACAAAUGACUUCACGUCCCAAGACCAAGAUAGAAGUCACCCCUGGACCCAGGGACUAUACCACAGAUCCUGCCAACAAACACAUCUACCAUACUGCACAGGUGAACAGCCUGAAGUCCCGACCCAAGGACAUAAAAGGCUUCCAAACGCCAGGUCCUGCCACCUACACCCUGCCCAGGAUUCUGGGACCCCACACAGCGUACACCCGUGCUGAACCAUGCUACUCCCUGAAAGGGAAGAGUCUAUACCAGAGCGCUUUUCAAGACUUUGCAAGGACACCAGGUCCUGCAGCAUUUAACAGGGUGGAACUGGAUGUCUACAAAACUAGGGCUCCCAAGUAUACAAUGGGACUUAGAACCAAACUUGCUGGCAAGGAUGGGGUUCCAAGUCCAGCAGAGUACACCCUGGGAAAGUUGUCAGUGACCAAGGCCCGGGACCCUGCUUACACUUUUGGACUGCGACAUUCUCUCUACAAAGCUUCUUUAAUACCUGAAACACAUCUUGAUUAA